AUGCGCACGUUGCUGUGCAGUCCAACCGAAGAAGAAUGGCAGUCAUUGCGAGAGUUGUCCCACCUUGAACUUGAUACCAAUCUUUAUUUGUAUGAAGAAAUUCGAAAGGCAGUGGAAAAGCACACGCGUCCUCUUGUCUAUGAAUAUGUGCAAUGGAAAAAGAAUAAAUCCAUUGAAAAGGUUAUAGCUUCUUGGUGGCCUCCUACGACACUCUUGUGCAGUAUGGGUAUUGUGGAUGAAGCUAUUCCAUUGAUUAUUCGGAGAGCACUACGAGAGAAAAAGUGCAGAGACCUCGAAUUGUGUGGGAACGAAUUAACAGGAGAAGGAGCGAGACUCCUUUAUGAUGAACUGAAAACGAAUACAACCUUGAUGUCACUCGAUCUCGGUUGGAACAAAGGUAUAGGAGAUGAAGGAGUUCAACAUUUGUCAAAUAUGUUGACUGUCAAUCGAACAUUGACU